GUGCUUUCAGGAACAAUAACAGCGGGGGGAGCCGGGUCCCGGGAGCCGCCCCCGCCCCCCGGCCCGGCCGCGCGGCUCGCGCCCCGCGCCGGGUCCCCACCUCCGCGCCCGCCCCGCGGGCUGACCGGCCGACCGGGGCCCGCCCCCGGCGCCCACCAUGUACGCCUUUGUGCGGUUCCUGGAGGACAACGUCUGCUACGCGCUGCCCGUGUCGUGCGUGCGCGACUUCAGCCCCCGCUCGCGGCUGGAUUUUGACAACCAGAAGGUGUACGCCGUGUACCGGGGCCCGGAGGAGCUGGGCGCCGGGCCCGAGAGCCCCCCGCGCGCCCCCCGCGACUGGGGCGCGCUGCUGCUCCACAAGGCCCAGAUCCUGGCGCUGGCAGAAGACAAAUCUGACCUUGAAAACAGUGUGAUGCAGAAGAAAAUAAAAAUCCCCAAACUUUCUCUCAAUCACGUAGAAGAUGAUGGGGAGCUUAAAGAUUAUGGGGAAGAAGAUUUACAGCUUAGACACAUCAAGAGACCCGAGGGGCGGAAGCCGAGUGAAGUGGCGCACAAGAGCAUCGAGGCCGUGGUGGCCCGGCUGGAGAAGCAGAACGGGCUGAGCCUGGGCCACGGCACGUGUCCGGAAGAGGUCUUCGUGGAGGCCUCGCCGGGCACGGAGGACAUGGACAGUCUGGAGGACGCGGGCGUGCCCCGGGCUCUGUAUGAGGAGCUGCUGCGCAACUACCAGCAGCAGCAGGAGGAGAUGCGCCACCUCCAGCAGGAGCUGGAGCGGACUCGGAGGCAGCUGGUCCAGCAGGCCAAGAAGCUCAAGGAGUACGGGGCGCUGGUGUCCGAGAUGAAGGAGCUCCGCGACCUCAACCGGAGGCUGCAGGACGUGCUGCUCCUGAGGCUUGGCAGUGGUCCCGCCAUUGACUUGGAAAAAGUAAAGUCAGAAUGUCUCGAGCCCGAGCCGGAAUUACGGAGCACUUUCAGUGAGGAAGCAAAUACGUCGUCCUAUUACCCUGCUCCUGCACCUGUCAUGGACAAGUAUAUCCUAGACAAUGGCAAGGUCCAUCUGGGAAGCGGGAUUUGGGUUGAUGAGGAGAAAUGGCACCAGCUACAAGUAACCCAAGGAGAUUCCAAGUACACAAAGAACUUGGCAGUCAUGAUUUGGGGAACAGAUGUUCUGAAGAACAGAAGUGUCACAGGAGUUGCCACAAAAAAAAAGAAAGAUGCAGUCCCUAAGCCACCCCUCUCGCCUCACAAACUGAGCAUCGUCAGAGAGUGUUUGUACGACAGAAUAGCACAAGAAACUGUGGAUGAAACUGAAAUUGCACAGAGACUCUCCAAAGUCAACAAGUACAUCUGUGAAAAAAUCAUGGAUAUCAAUAAAUCCUGUAAAAAUGAAGAACGAAGGGAAGCAAAAUACAAUUUGCAAUAAACUUUGAAUUUUUCAUAAAGGCUUCUCGUUUUCCUUGCGUGGCGUGUGAUUUGCGGGCAAUGGUGUUGUCCAGAUCAGACCCCACCACGCAUGGUGGUGUGUGGGCCGGGAGCCAGUAGGGUUCUGGGGUCAACGGCUUGUUCUGAACUUGGACUUCCCACUCCAAAGAAGGCAGAUGGAUUUGCUGAGACUCAGGCAGCAACCUGGCACGAGUGUGUUCUGGGGAUGGUAAAAGUGCUAUCUUUUUGGCAGAGGAUAAAGUGUCUCUGAGUUACCUAUCACUAGGCCAAGAAUUUGAGCUGAUAUUUUUACCAUUCAAGGACUUCUAUCUUUGUUCCUCUAUUUUGUUCUAUAAUAAAGCUUCAUUAAUUCUUUGGUGUA